AGUCAGCUUAUGAACGAACGGCUUUCUGGCUGCUUUGGCGUCUGUUGGGUCGACUGGGCUGGCCGGCGGCCGUUGGUGAAAGCAUCCGAGCAAUCCAAGUCAGAGACAGCCCUCAAUUCAGGCUUCUUGUACCUGAACUCUGACACCGUCUCAACUCACAGGCGCAGUUUGCCCAACUCCGCCAGCCUCAACCUGGACACUUCAGCCUAUCAUUGUCGGCUGGCCCGGCCAUACGACACCCUCCUCCACAUGCGUGGCCCCCGCUGA